GCCAACCCGGGUGCGUAUGACAACAGGCCUGUAACGCCUCUCAUGGGACGGACCUACUCUGAGUGGUGGAUGCAUGGACAUCAGGACCUGCCGCCCAACUUCGGGGACUACCUCGAGCUCCAUGUGGGCAACAAGUUCAUGGUGCAGAUGGCGUGUGAUAAGGGUGCGACGGACUACUAUGCAAGUUCCGAUGGCGGCGAUAUUCGGGAUGGGAACUGGCCUUGCCCCAAUGCGUCAUCUGAUGAAUGGCAUACUAGGGAUAUCAACGACACCAAAGGCUGCGGGUUCGGCAUCGCGUACAAGUCUGAUGUCUCCACGGUGGGGCCAGAGGACAUCACGAUCUUCUCGGUGAACUACACCUGCCCUUGGUACCGCUACCAAUGGUUCGACGUGCCCGCGGACCUGCCCCCCUGCGACGACUGUAUCUGCACGUUCAACUGGAUCCACAGUCCCGAUGAUGGGAGCAUGCAAAUGUACCAGAACGGGUAUAAGUGCAAGGUUAUCAACUCCAUGCCCGGGAAACAGCUCCAGAUACCCCAGCUGGCGAGGAGGUGUGGGGACGAUCCAGACUUCAAUAAGCCGCCGGAUCCGACGAACUGCACGGGCGGCUUGAAAGGGGGCGCUAAGCAAGGACUGUACUGGCUGCAGCAGGACGGCAAUAAUAUGUUCGAAGGGUAUUACGCCCCACCAUACUACAACGCGCUGUACGACUUCUCGAACGGCGCCCAGACGGACAUAUUCAUCAGCAACGGUGUGCCGACAGGUAACUCCGUCUCGUCCACCUUGUCUGCCGACAGCUCCGUCACCACUUCCACCAGCACCCCGUAG